AUGGGCCUCUUAGGACUUCUGCCAAUACUGGUACCAUUCAUCCUCCUAGGGGGUGUCCAGGAAGCUGGACUGGUUGAGGGGUCCUCUAACAAGAUGUGUCCUAGAAUCAGAGUACAAUGUGAUAUGGAAGAAAAGAACCAAUGUCUGAAGAACAGUCAGUGCCCCAAGAGGAUGAAGUGUUGCAACUUUAACUGUGCAAAGAAAUGUUUAGACCUCAAAGAAGACAUAUGCAGUUUGCCAAAGAUAGUUGGCCCCUGCCUGGCCCACUUUCCAUGCUGGUGGUACAAUACGGAAACUCAGGCAUGCUCCAAAUUCAUCUAUGGUGGUUGCCAAGGGAAUAAUAACAACUUCCAAUCUGAAUCUAUUUGCAAGGUCAUCUGCAAAAAAAAAACCAAGAGCUUCAAUCGGGAGUAA